AUGAGUUCAGCAACAACUGAACAUUCUUCGCCACAUGCUACCGAAACAAUACAAACAACUAUUGAACAAUCAACCGAUGAAUUACCAAAUUUAGUUGAUGGCCGUAAUAAACCUUUAGUAAUUAUACUUGCAGUAACAGUUCCAACAUUAGCGUUUAUUGGUAUCUUAAUUAUAUUUAUUGUAUGCUAUCGGCGAAGAAAUUCAUCGGUUUGGUUAAAAAAAGUUGAGCAUUCAAGCCGACUACAAGCCAUUGUAGUCAAUCUUUCAUCGUCUUCCAUUCAGACAGUAUACCCAGAAAAAAAAACUCGUAUAUCUCAUCGACAAUUUUCACCACCACGUACAGAAACCAUUGUCUAUAAUCGUUUGAGUACACCAUCGUCUCCAGUAUUUACAAAUUCAUUUAAUCGUUUGCAAUCAUCCAAUGAGGGUGAAACUAAUGAAGCAUUUGAUGAAUAUUUAAUUAAAAAUGAACAACAGCCAGUAUUAAGAUCAAUAUUACAGCGAAGUUCAACGGAUGGACAACAUAUAUCAUCACUUCAAACAGACUUUCCUGUAAAAUUACAAGCGCCUGUUCGUACGAUAACAUCAGCACUUGUUGAUGCUAUAGCUGCACAUCGUGUAUCGUUGCUUCUUCAUGAAACUAAUGCUUCAUCAUCAUUAGAGACAACAACCACUAAUAAUCAUUACAAUAGGCACUCCGGUGCAUCUUCGUCCUGUUCGAAUAAUUCUCAGACGGUGCUUCUUUUUUCUCAGAGAACUGAAUUGUAA